GAUAUAAUUAUCCAACCUUGUCAAAAGUGAUUAGCAUUGCACUUGCACGUGAAAAAUUUCUAUAUUUUACAAUAUUUAGCUUGAUUGAUUUUAAUAAAAUAAUUAGAUCACAAUGGCUGAAUUUGUGGAAAAAAGAUGCGAGGAGAUGAUUCUUGAACUCGAACAGAUGGAGAGAAUUAAAUUAUUCGAUAAAAAUGAAGUCAGAGGUAUAGCUAAAAAACGAAAAGAGCAUGAGUAUAAAAUUGAGAGACACACAAAAUGUAAAGAAGAUUAUUUAAGAUACAUACAAUAUGAAAUGGAUCUUUUAAAACUUGUCAAACAACGGAGAGAAAAACUUGGUAUCACUCAAAAAAAGUCAAGUAUUGAUUAUUCUAUUGCGAACAGAGUGAAUCGAUUGUAUAAACAGGCUAUAUAUCGUUUUCAAGAUGAUGUACGAUUUUGGAUUGCCUAUAUGAAAUUUUGUAAAAAUGUUGGAUUUCAAAGUUGCGUUGGUCGUAUGCUCGGAAAAAUGUUGCUAAUUCAUCAGGAUAAACCAAAAUGUUGGCACAUUGCCUCACAAUGGGAAAUAGAAGAAAGUAAAGAUUUGCAAAAUGCAAGACAACUAUUAUUACGUGGUUUACAUUUUCAUCCAAAUUCCACAUUACUUUUCAUGGACAUGUAUAAAUUAGAGUUAAAAGAAGCUCUUAUAAAACGCAAUGAAAGUGAGAAAAAAGAAGAAUCAACAGAAGAAGACAGCGAAACUCCAAAAGAAUGGAAACGAGUUCAAGUCAUUUAUGAGCAAGCUUUUAAAAGAAUUAAGGAUAUUAAAUUUAUCAUUGAAUUGUUAAAUCUAACAAAGGAAUUUGAGAAUACAGAAUUCUUACAAAAUAGAAUUGUCAGUGACAUGGUAAAAGAAUAUUCUAACGAGCCCCUAUUGUGGGAUACAAUGGCAAGACGUGAAUUAUUAGAAACAGCGAGUGUUAAUAAUAUGGCUAUGGAAGUUGAUUCAACAGAAGCACCAUCACUAAGAGAUCGUAUAUUGUCUUGCAAUGAAAUAUUUCAAGUAGCUGUUAAAAAACUUCGAAAUGAAGAAAUCUGGUCACUUUACAUUGAUUUUCUUUUAGAGAUUAAUCAAGAAAAUGAAUCUUUACCUAAUCUUAAAAGAAAAUUAUUAAAAACAGCUUUAUCGCAAGGUCAUCAGGCAAAAAAUUUAAAAGAACGUCAUUACUUAUAUUGGAUUAAGAUGCUAAGUACUGAUAAAAAGGAUGACAACACUCAAUCAAAAUUAGUCCAAGUUUUAGGUUGGGCAACUGAAAGUUUUCCAAACAAUGAAAAACUUUGGCAUUUAAGAUUAAAUUAUCAUCUUACAACAAAUGAUGACGAAUUGUCAAAUGGAUUAUUUAAGCAAGCGACAGAGCAACUGGGAGAAAAAUCAUUUCCCCUGUGGAAAACAAAAUUAUUACAUGUACAGGCUAAAAAUCCAGAUAAAGUUCAAGAAUUUUUUCAAGCUGCUCUUUUUGGUCCUCUAAAUGUAGCAAAAGAAAUGAAGCCAUUGUACUUGGAAUGGGCAGUGUUAACAAAAAAUAUUUCAGAAACUCGAAAGAUUUAUAACUCAAUUACUCAGCAACCACCAUUCUCUUAUGAAUUGCAUAAAAAAAUGAUAGAAAUUGAAAUUAUGCAGCCAAAAAUAUCAGUACAAAAUACACGAACUGCUUUUGAAUUAGCAAUUAUGCAAUUUGGUAAACACAAACCUGAUUUAUGGAUAGAUUAUACAAUGUUUGAAAUGAAACAUGGUGAUCCAUUGAAAACAGGAGAGGUACAUACAAGAGCAGUUAAAACAUUAUAUCCAAAAUUGACUGACAAAUUUAUAUUUGAGUAUACGUUACUCAAAGCAAAUCCAGAUUUUAUAAGCAUGUCUUCUCGUAAUUAAGGUUUGAAUAUUAGUGAUAUUAAUUUAUAUAUAUGUGUACAGUAUGAAUAAAAAUUUGUCUUAAUUUUCUA